AUGGAUGUGUCUUGUGUUUACACGAGUAAAAGAGUUGACUCAGAAGUGACAUAUGAUCGAGAGUUUGUGUUGCGAUUCCUUUGGUGGAAGAUCAGAUCAUGGGAGUUUGGUGCGGAUGUUCAUCCAACCUUGGCCCCAACGAAAACACCGGUUUGGCUGCGAUUGCAGUCACUUUAUGGCUCAUACCGCAUUGCCGAUGAACCAACUAUGGUUACCGAAGCGGCGCAUGUCGCAUUCGUGUUUUUAUGGCUUCAGGUCUACGCAUCGCCUGACUGCAGCUGGUCCGGUCUACCCGACAAGGGCGCUGGACUAGUACAGAGGGAUAUAAGGAGGCAGCAAAUAAUCGCGCCCCUCGCAUGUGAGCAGCUUUCACUGCAGAACUGCAACGAAAACAGCAUUUGUGGUUGGAACAAAGAAUUGGAGCGCUGCCAACCCUAUAUUGCAUGGUUUCAUGUGAUGAAGUGUGGUUCAACGUUUGGAGCUACGCUCGCGCACUUUGCAAACUCUUCGUUGCCCAAGCUGGCGCACAUGCCAUCUUGCGGAAGUCUGGUUGACGAGGCAGAGGAUCCCUGUCCGGGUGGAAGCCAAGGGCCUUAUGAGUUUUUCGUGACAAAGUAUCCCAAAGAUGUUUGGUUCCGCGAUGUAUUUUGGUCCAAUUCCAAUGAUCCUGACCCUGGGAACCAUCGGGCCAUACCAGAUGCUGCUUAUGAGAUAUGGAAAGGUCAUUUUGUGGGGCUUUUUCGGCAACCGGAGGUCCGCGUGGCCUCUGCAUUCAAUCACUUUUGCGAGCCCCUCAUAGCUUCAGCCGAACACGAACGCAUCAACAUGACACACGCUGUCCACCAGUUCGGUCAGUUUGCUCAAGGUACUGUGACGAAGAUGCUUGGUGGAGAUUAUGGUUUCUUUGGCAAUGAUCCAGUACGUUGUGAAUUUCGGUUUGCUGACUAUUAUAAAACCGAUCGUGAAUGCCAUAGUGCGGCAUGCAGGAACUGCAUGCAAAGUGCUACUGAAAAAGACGUGGAAAAGGCUAUUCAAAGGCUGCAGGGCUUCGCGUUUGUGGGCCUCACCGACCAUUUCGACCUCUCUGUGUGCCUUUUUCAUGCCAUGUUCGGCGGAGAAUGUCUUCCAGUGGAGUUUGUCAACAUGCGCAAGAGCAUCUAUUCCAAGGAUUUCACCAAAUACCUCAACGGAUACGAGGAUCCUUUCGAUGCUCGUGUUUUCCAAGAGGCGUCCAACAUUUUUUGGUCAAAUGUGCAGCGCUACAAUGUGAAUGCAGAGACCUGCCAAAGGAUAUGUCUUAACAGCAACGCCACCUUCCAAAGAGCUCAGCCGAACUGAGUGGGAACGAUUCAUACUUCGAGCUCUUGAAGAAAAAGUUGCUGUGCUUCUGGGAGUGAGCUAGAGAACGCCAAGGACGAUAGACAUUGGUUCAGAGUGAGGGUCUAUGUGUGCUUCUUUGAUCUUCUCUGCAUGUUUCUUUCUUGAAGGCUCCAGACAUGUUUGCUUGCGACUCGAUUAAGUCGCACUCUGUAAGUUUUGACUUGG